AUGGACAAGCUUCCACAACGACAACAACAACAAGCUGAUUGUCCUACAAAUGGAGCAACUAUAGUUGUAUUUCAACCUUCUAAGAAUUCAGGUGGUCGACAACCACAAUUCGUUUUUGCUGGUGGUGUGAUUGCCCCUUCAAAUGGAAUUUAUCGUUUAACACCAGCUCAACCUGGAGGACUAUCAAGUUUAGGACCGAGAUGGACCGGACAUCUUUAG